AUGCUUUCAGACAAGCGCCGUUCUGUUGAACCACUGACACCAUCAGGACUAAGUGAAGGAGACCCACUCGAUGUGGAGGAGGUGAAUGUCAGUGUUUCGCUCGUGAUCAAACCUGUUGAUGAAAGCGGUAGAGAGAUAGUCGAUAUCGCUGAGCUUAAUGAUAAGCAACAGGAAGAAGAUGAUGUGUUCUUGUCGGACAAUGAAGAUAAUAAUAUAGAAGGCUUCCUGGUCGAAGAGAGCACCCAGACCGAUUCGGCAGCGCAGUACACGGACAAUGAAGAUGAUUCCACGCAGACCAAUGAGGCUCGGAUGUAUAACAAUGAAGUCCAGACAAUCUGUGGAAGUUUUGCAACCCAGAGCAACGCUGACACGGAGACCGACCUUCAUCAGCCGUCUACGGACGGUUUUUCUCAAACCAAUGAACUGCUAACGCGCACUGGCGGAGUUCAGACUGACGCUGAAAGCUCUAGUGCCUUGGAAAGCACUGACACACAGACUGAGAGACCGCAGCCCUACUUGGAUAACUCUACCGAAACCAGCAAACCACUCAUGCGCAAUGAGGAGACCCAGGAUAACUCCACAGAAACUGAUAAGCCGUCCACACAAAGUAAGGAAACCCAG